CUCCUAGACUUCUUGUCCUAGAAACUGCCAUCCUUUUUUGUGUGCAAGCAGCUCUAGAGCAGUCGAGCUAUCGAUCCGGUGUGAUGCUUCAAAUGCUCGGCAGUUGAAGCAUCUCAACAGGGAAGACCUGUUUCGAGUGAAACAGUAAGAUACUGAUGGUGAGUCGACAGGGAAGACCUUGAAGCGUCUCGUGCCCCACGUUACGAGUGAAGAAUAGUACACUACACUUCUAAAUCGACUUAAAAGCGUCUCGUGCUCUACGGUACGAGUUAACAACAGUACACUUUAGAGUCGACGGGGAAGAGGACGUUGAAGCGUCUCGUGCUCCACGGCACUACUACCGAGUCUUAGACUAUCAAUUCACGGUCUUGCCUCGAGAUUGGUAACAUGGCCGGCGGGAAUCGGCGAAAUUUAGCGACGGACGUGAUAUGCUUAGACGACGACGACGACGACGAUACCGAGGAUGGCAAUAACGCGGAUGAGAUCGACGUGGCGGAACGGCGUGGUGGCGUGAAGGACACGCGACAGACGAGGAGGGAGGAGAAGCCGCCGGGAAAGAGAACGGCGAAACGAGUGCCAGGACCGUCGGAUAAGGGGAAGGGGAAGGGUAAGGUAGAGGAGGAGGUGGAGGAGGAGGGGGAGGAGGAAGAGGGGGAUGAGGCGGAUGAGGAGGAGUGUGAGGAGGUACCCAAGACGGGAGUCACUAAGAGCGGUCGGGAUGUGUGGACUUGCAAUGGCGUGGGGGGGAAUGCGAAGCAAGGAACGAAGCGGGAACGGGAGGUCGGCGGCCAAGGUGAACCUUCAAGGCAGCUUCCGCCAGCAUCUGGCUUCCAAUCCCAGCGCAUUCGCGCUGCUCUGCAAUCCAGGUGUGAGUCCUUAGGCAGACCGACGGCGGCAAGUCACGUCCCUUCGGCCCUCCACGCGUCCGCCCUGCUUCCUCGUUACAAACCGCCUCUCCGUGAUGGUGUCAACAGCAACACAAGGCAACGUGCUGCUGCUGCUGCUGCUGCUGCUGCUGCUGCUGCUGCUGCUGCUGCUGCUGCUGCUACUGCUGCUGGUGGCGGUGGUGCUGGUGGCAGUGGUGCUGCCGAUGAUGCUAGGAGUGGCCGUGAGCCAUUUGCUAGGUUUCAGAAGGGUGGUGUUGCUGCUGCUGGUGGUGGUGCCAAGAGCAAUGGUGCUGCUGCUGCUGCUGCUGCUGCUGCUGCUGCUGCUGCCUCUUCCCCUCCCGGAGAUCAGAGGGAGCCACACAAGCUCAGGCCCGUUCAUUCGGACGCUGGUAUGCUGCAGCGCGAUCUGAGCCGUCGGUCUGCUGGCGCUGCUCGCGACCGCGCAAGCGGCGGGGAGGAUAUCGACGACCUGUGGCGGGGCUUGGUGGGCGAUGUUCCCGCUCCUUCCGGCGGUGGUAGAAUUGCCGUGGCUGAUAGAAACGCCACGGGCAGAGGUGUUACUGUGAGACGGGAUAGAGGUGGAGGGGAGAGAGGUAGAGGUGAUAUUGAUGACAGAGGUGCCCCUGACAGGGGUGGCAGGGGUGGAUGGGGUGGGUUGAGGCAUGCUGCUGAGAGCACGGGGCCUCCAGCAGCAGCACGAAGGUCUUCAGCUGAAGAGGAGGGUAAGGAAGAAGAGGAAGAGGGCGAGGAAGAGGAGGAGGAGGAGGAAGUGGAGGAGGUUGAGGAGGAUGAAGGGGUUGGGAGCGGUGGUGGAGGCGACAAGGGUGGAAUGAAUCGGGAGAGGAAGGAGGGAAGGGGAGGAGGGAGAGCGGUGGAAAGGGAGGAAGGGAAGGGGGAGUGCAGAAACAAGGAGCGGGGCGGUUACACAGCCCAGGAGGCCCAGAGGGACUGGGGAGACUGGAACCAGAUGCGGCCGCUGCAGCCUCAGCACAAGGAGCAGGUGCGGCUGGAGGAAGUACGGGAGGAGGGAUUGCAAGAGCAACGCAGGCAAGACAAGCAGCAGCAGCGGCAGCAGCAGCGGCAGGCGCCGCAACGGCAUAAGCAGCAGCAGAAGCAGGCAAACCCCAUGCAGCAGGCAUGGGCUGCACUUAACCGUACAGCUGCUCCUGGCACCACCGCUGAGGCUAUGAAGCAGUUCCGGAACAGGAAGCAACAGAGCGCCGCACUCCCUGCUGUGCCCUCCUCAUCCCUCUCCACCCCUGUGUCUUCUCCUGCUGCUGCGCCUGCUCGCUCUGCUGCGCCCCCUGGUUCCACUACCAGUACGCCUGUAAAAGGCUCUUGCAAUACUAUCUCCCUCUCUCCUGCCUCCCCUGCCUCUCCUGCUGCCCCUGCUGCUCCUGCUGUGCCUUCUCCCCUUGCUGCUCCUCCUGCUGCUGGCCCAAGGGCUGCUUCCCCGCCUCCUCCUCCUCCUCCCCCUCCAGUGCAGUACCGCAGAAGAGCAGCGGGGCUUGUAGCAGAUGAGCCAAAUGAGCAGUCUGCUGCACCCACGGCUGCUGCCACCCCGCCUCCAGCACAGAACCGCAGGAGGGCAGCGGGGCUGUUAGCAGCUGCGCAGAGGAAGUGGCUGGCGGAAUGCCGGGAGCGGUUUGCGGCGUUUGUGUUCCCGCCCACAGGCACGGACAGUGUGACGGUGCGGUGGGAGGACGUGGAGCGGCUGAGACCAGAGGAGUUCCUCAACGACACACUCAUCGACUUCCACCUCAAGCACCUGAAGCUGCAGUCCAUUGAACAGGGGAGUAUUACUUGCUCUCUGACUGGCAACAAACAAGCACCGCCCCCGCCGUCACUACCACCAUUGGCACCAGCAUCAGCAGCAGCGGCACUGCCAGCAUCACCAGCACCACCUCCGAUCCCUGCUGCUGCUGCUGCUGCUUCUGCUGACAAAUAUGCGAGUGCCGCCGCUGCCACCACUGCCAUUGCCACUGCAGCUGCCACCAUGCAAGCUGCAGCAUCUGUAAUAACGGCAGGUGGCGUAAACACGGAGAAAGUUGAUACUGUUGUGAAGGCACCAGGUGGCUCUGUCAGCGGCACUGUGAGCGGCUCUGCAAGCAACGAUACGAAGACGAAGGCGUCGGAUGAUCAAACCAUGGCCACAGCAGCUGGUUUGAAGGAGCACCCGCCCCCGCCCCCCCCCACGGUGCAUUUCUUCAACAGCUUCUUCUUCAAGAUGCUGAUCGGCGGGGAGAAGGACGACCCCCUCUUCCCCACCACUCGUGCCACUGCUGCUGCCGGCGGUAGUGCCGUUGCCAACAACCAUGCUGCUACCCCCAAUGCGCCAGGGGGUGUGGAGGAGGAGCUGGAUGAGGAGCUGGACUCCAAGGCCGCGCACUGGAGGGUGCGCAAGUGGACCAAGGGGGUGAACCUCUUUGCCUGCGACUUUGUGUUCAUCCCCGUCAACCUCAGCUACCACUGGAGUCUCCUGGUCAUCUGCCAUCCAAACAAGAUCCUCCCACCACCACCACCACCAGGAAGCGCAGUUCCAGCAUCAGCAGAAGCAGCAGUGGCACAACCAGAAUCACCUGCCCUGCAACCACCAGCACCACCAGCACUGUCGCCAGCAGCAGCAGCAGCAGCGGCAGCAGCAGUAGGAGCAGCAGUUGUACGGGGGGCAGGAACAGAAGCAGCAGCAGCAGCAACACAUCCGCCCAAAUCAUCAUCAGCAUCCUCCCAUCCUAUACCCCCAUCAACCUCGCCUCUAUCACCAUCCCCAUCCCCUUCAGAAGCCUCCCCUCUGCAAGAGUACAUCUGCUCUCAAAUCCUACCACAUUCCCCCCUCCGUGCCCCUCCCUCUCGUGCGCUCUCCAACCCCCCUCAAGCCACCCCUCCACACAACACUCCAGCCCCGCCACUGCCAUCAGCCGUCGGCCAGUCUCCUAUCACUCCGGCCAGCCCAUACCCUCCUCUUUCCAGCCCCUUCCCUCCUCCCCCCCACGCUCCUCUCAAACCUCCUCCCGCUCCCCACCUCCCGUCUGCUUCCCCGGUUCCCUCAACCCUAACCAACAACCCUCCUGCAUCCCCCUCUCGCGAGCCCACUACUACACCCCCCCCGUCCAUAGACCCUCCCGCACCCUCCUCUCAUGACCCUGCUGCUCCCACGCCUACCUCUCACAACGUUGCUCCCACGACCCCCGCCCAUGAGCCUGCUGCGUGCAUUCUGCACUACGACUCGCUGCCAGGCCUGCACCUGGACGUGGAAGAGGCCGUCCGAAUGUAUCUGCUGGAGGAGUACUUGGUGCGCUAUAAGGUGCCCCCCACCAAGGCCAUACGAAGGGCGUUUGUGUCUCUGCCUGUCAUUCGCCCCAAGGUCCCCAAGCAGCCCAAUCUGAGUGACUGCGGGGUCUUCCUGCUGCUAUAUGCGCAGGAGCUCCUCUCCCACUUGCCGCUCACUGUGUGUCGUGCGCAAGCGUGCGAGCAGUGCAAGCAAGUGCUGUCCUUCCCCUGGCUAAAGCCAGACUCAGCCAAGCCCAUGCGAGCCGCUAUUCGCCGGACGGUGCUGCACCGAGCGGGGCUGGUGGACCUGCUGGAGAGAGAACCCAAGAAAGAGGAUGUGGUGGUUGGGGAGGAGGUGAGGGAAGCAUGGAACGAGGAGGGGGCGGGGUGUGGAGUGGGGCGCGAGGGAGGGUUGCGAGGGCUGCUAGCGAGGGAGAUGAGGAGUGUGGGGGAGGAGGGGGGGAGAGGGAAGGGGGGGAGAGUGGAGGGAGAGGGUGGUGUGAGGGGGGGUAGAGGUGCGGAGAGACGGGGAGAGGGACACAGAAAGGACGUGGCACAAGACCAGCAGCAGCAGCAGCAGCAGCAGAAUAUGCGUGUGACUCGUAGCCGCAGCGUGCAAGCAAUCAUGGCAGGUCAGGGAGAAGGGGGCCCUCUGACGCAGGGUAGGGUUGGUGGGAAGAGAGAGCGGUGCGUGCAAGAGAGGAUAGAGGAGGGGAGUGGGGAGGAGAAGGAGGUAGAGGAGGAGGAUGAUGUGAUGGAGGUGGUUGCGGUGAGGAAGAGGGGGAGGGUGGGGGAUGGCGGAUGGGGGGGAAUGGAUGGGAGUGGUGAAGGGAGGGUUGCUCGGAGUGCGGUUGCUGAUUGGCUGGAUGAGGUGGAUAGGGAGGUAGAGAUGGAGAUGGCGAAGGAGAAGGAGAAGGGGGAGGAGGGGGAGAAGGGGGAGAAGGGGGAAGAGAAGGGAGGGGCGGGGUUGGAGAGGAGUGAAGGGAAGGCGGGGAGGAGAGAGGAGAGGAAUAGGAAGGUGGAGGUGAGUGGGGAGGAGGUAGAGGAGGUGGAGGAGGCGGAGUGUUUGAGAAGUCCGAGAGACGAGGGACGGAGGGAAGAGGGAGGGGGGGACGUGGAGGAGGUUCGAAAGGAAGAGAAGAGGAGGGAGGAGGGAAAGGGGGACAGACAGAAGGGGCGGGUGGAAGAGGAAAGUAGCGGAGAGGUGGAGGGGGUUGAAACGGAAGAGGAAACGAGGGAUAGGCAACAAGGGCUGGUGGAAGACAGGAGAGGAGGAGAGGCGAAGCUUGCGGUGAGGCAGAAUGAGGACAUGAGUGGAGAGGAGGCGCGAGAGGAGAAAGGGCGGCAGGAGACGGAAAGGGAGCAAGGAAAAAAGGGGAGUUCUGUUGAGUUGACAGGGAUUAGGGUUGAGGGAGAGCAUGAGCUGGUACCUGGAGAGCAUGAGCUGGCACCUGGAGAACAUGAGCUGGCAUCUGGAGAGCAUGAGCUGGCAUCUGGAGAGCAUGAGCUGGCACCUGGAGAGCAUGAGCUGGCAUCUGGAGAGCAUGAGCUGGCACAUUAUGUGUUGAUGAGUAGUUCAGCUGAUGAAUCUGCUCCUGCUCCUCCUGCUCCUCCUGCUCCUCCUGCUCCUCGUGCUGCUGCUGCUGCUGCUGCCCCUCGUGCUGCAGCCGAGGCUGUGGCUGCUGACAAUGUCAAUGAUGGUAACGGAACUGUUGGUAGCAACGUGCGCGGUGGUCUGGCUGGCAAACAUCCUCCUGGCCGUAGGGCACGCGAUGGUCUGGCUGCCGCAUGUGCUGCUCAGGGGUCCGCUACAGCUGCAGAUGCUGCUACAGCCACAGGUGCUGCUACCGCCACAGGUGCUGCUACAGCCAUGGGUUCUUCUACAGCCACAGGUGCUGCUACAGCCACAGCCACAGCCACUGCCACAGCUGUACGUACAUGUUCAGACACCAAUGCAGCAGACACUGCAGCUCUAGAUGCGGUUGCAAGAGCAAAAACCUCGGCUGCUGCUACAGUCAGACUGGCGUGCAGACGAGGGUGGGUAGCAGAAAGGAGGGGAGGAUUGAAGAGGUACGGGGGGUUGUGGAAGGACGAUGGGGCGGACGAUGCAGAUGAGGGGGAGGAUGCGGAGGAGGAAGAGGAGGAGGAGCAUGUGACGCAGGAAGAGGAGGAUAAAGCAGCUGUUGUUUUCAUCAGUGACUCGCGAGGAGAUGAGGCUGAGAAUCGGGAGGAAGCUGAUAGAGAGGAGGAGGAUAGGGAGGAGGGUAGAGCGGAGGACAAAGAGGAGGGAAGGGAAGAAAAUAACGACAGAUGCGAGCGGGGUGAGGGAGGCGUGGGGGGUGCAGCAGCACCUGUUGUUCUUUGCAUCAGUGAAUCGCCUGUGAGGGAUGGGGACGAAGUGGAGGAUAAUGAGAAGGAGGAUAGGGGCGACGUACGGGUAAAAAGACGAGAGGAGGAGGAGGAGGAGGAGGAGGAGGAGGACGAUGGGGAGAAGAAGAAAGAGGGUAGGCAGAAGGCGGCGAAGGAGGGAGGAAUCGAAAGGCAUGAGGCUGGGGAGACCAGCGAAAGCAUUGGGAGAGGAGAAAGCAGCGAUGCGGAGGAGGAGGGCAGGAUAGCAUCGAGGCGCGAGGAGGGGAAACAGAGUGCGGGUGGUGGUGGUGCGGACAUGUGGGGUGACCUGGAUCUGAGCAGCAACCUGGAUUCUGCCACAGGGCUGCUGACGUCACUGCAGAAGAGGGGUGAUGGGCCGGCGGGUGGGUGUGUCAGGAACCCACAGGGGGAGCAGUCUGCUGCGUUACUUGUCACUUCUCGUUCUUCUCACAACACCCGCACUGCUGACACACGGCUGCGGACAGCGCUGCAGAAGAGGGUAGAGGGGCCGGGCAGGGGGGUGAGGAGAGAAGGAAGGUCGGAAGGGGGAGGAGAAGAGGGUGGGAGCAACGGAGGAGUGACGAUGGAAGCGGGGGCAGCAGCAGCAGCAGGUGGUGCGGCGAGGGCUCGAGAGGGGGCAGGGAGACAUGCAGUGGCAGUGGUUGGGGGGAGGAGGGAGGAGAAAGGAGUGGGGGCGGUGAGGGAUAGAGAAGCGGGAGUGGGGAAAGAUGAUGGGGUGAAGCGAGUGGGACUGGUGAGGGGAAGGGAAGAGGGAGGAAAGAGAACGGAGGGGUGGAGGAGAGAAGUGGAGGGCAGGGCACUGGAGGGGAGGAAUGGGAGGGAGAGUGGGGGGGAGAAAGCAGUGGAGGAUGAGGCGAUGAGGGAAAGGAGUGAGGAGAAGAAGAAGGAAGAAGGCGAAAAGGAGGAUGAGGAAGACGAUGAAAAGAGGGAGGAGGAAGAAGAUGAGAAGGAGGAGGAGGAGGAGGAGGAGGAGGAGAAUGAGGAUUGCUUUGUGGUGGAACCGAAGGGGAAGGUUGAGGAGGAAACAUGGGCUGAAAAGGAUAUGGAGGGGAGAGAUGGAGGUAAGGAUGUGACUCUGGGGAAGGAGAAGAAAGAGGAGGAUUCGAGGGAGGGGGGGGGAAGGUUGGAGAGGAGAAGGAGAAGGUGGAGGCGGAGAUAGCAAGAAAGGAAGUGGAGGGGGACGAAGGGCAGAACGGGGCUACGAAGCCUGCGGACGGGGAGAGUGGAGUGUUGAGGCGCCUCAAAAAUAGACUCCUCACGCCUGCAGACGGGGAAGGUGGAGUGGGUGGGAAUAGAGCGAGAGGCGUGGG